UUGAAACGGAAAGCGUCUCCGUGGUAACUGGAAGCGGUUCACGUCCUGACCGUUUCUUCCAUCUUCAUAACAAACAUUAAAUUAACGCAUUUAUAUUAAAAUAAACGUGUCUCCAUGUUACCAGUGCUGUGACGUCGCUGACAAAGAUGGGGCGAAAAAAACCCGACAACGUUCAAACUUGAGCUAACGCUAGCUGAGUUAGCAUAGGUUCCUGUAAACAGGACUUGUUUUAUGGCCAGCUUGUUUUCAAACCAGUCAGAAAAUGGACUCCAACGACGAAAAUCGUGUCCAACUUUUGGAGGAGCAGGUGAAGGAUUUAUCAGAUGAGUUAAUGCAAUGCCAGGCAGACAAGGAGUUUGUGUGGUCUCUAUGGAAACGCCUGCAAGUGGCAAAUCCAGACUUGACCCAGGCUGUCAGUUUGGUGUUUGAGCGUGCGAAACACAAAGCAGAGAUUAAAGACAGGAAAGUCUUGGAGAUCCUCCAGUUGAAAGACUACAAGAUACAGGAGCUGGAGCAGAAAGUGACAGGGCAGCAGCAUGACAUUAACAACUUGCUACAGAAGAGGACGACAGUCGAGGAAAAGAGUGCGAUAAUGAAGGAGCUGACAACGCUGCGUGAACAACUGGUCAGCAAGAGUGAGGAACUUGAGGAUCUGGAGGAAGAACUGAACAAUGCUUGGCAGGAGGUUUCCACCUUGCAGAAAGACAACAGCAGUCUAGCAGCACAGCUGUCUUCCAAAGAGAGGGAUGUUGCAGCAAAAGAGGGACGACUAGAUCAACUUCAUCGCGAUUUUGCGGAUGUGCAAACUCUGUACAGACAGAGCACAGAACAUGCAGCAGACCAGAGCCACCUGAUCAAGCAGCUGGAGGAACUCAACCUCGACACCCAGAGAGUCCUCAGGAAUCAGGAGGAGGCACACUCUGCCGACGCUACCUCAUAUCAGCAGCUAUACAAAGAAUUGAGUCAGUGCUACCAGACUCUAAUGUCCAGUGAGGCCAAGCUCCGUCAGAGUCAUCAGGAACUCAGCAGUCAGUUGGCUCAGAAAUACAAAGACAUCUCAGAACUCCAGGCUCAGCUACAGAAAAAGAAUGAACAAAUUCAGCUUCAGCAGCAGCAGCAGCAACAGCAGCAUCAGGCUCAGCAUACGGCUCUGUAUUCCUCACCCAACAAACAAACCAACUUAAAGGUACAGGUGUCAGAGCAGGUUGAUGCUGCUCACUCUGACCAAGCCUCCACCCGAGAUUCAGAUCCCAGGCCGGAAAUAAAGAAUCUCCAUCACAAAUCCACCGGCAUUGUCAGACGACAGCAGGAAACACCUGUGCAGAGAUCCAGGUCUCUGUCCCCAGCUAGCAGUGUCGACUUAGGAAGUGGGAGGAGAAAAAAUGCAGAACAAAGAAUCAAAGACCUUGAGGAGCUGCUACAAUUGAAGACUGAGGAGAAUGGGGAGCUGACAAAAGCUCAUAAUAAACACCGUGAACGCGUGCGCUUGAUUCAAACCAACUACAAGAUGGUCAAAAAUCAGCUAAAAGAAAUGGAGAAAUCAAUGGGCGCGCCAGGUGGAAAGAUGCGCCGUGCAGAGCCUUGGCAGCUACGACAAGAGAACAAUGAUGCUGUGUGGAACGAGCUGGCGUACUUGAAGAACCUCACAACAAAACUCUCCACUGAAAAAGCUGGCCUGGAAGAGGAGCUGGACGUUCUGCGAGUCCAGAGCGCGAUGGACCGGGCCACAGUGAAGGAGCUCCACAUGUGUCUUGAAAAUGAACACCAAGAAUUGCUUCACAAAGUGGCAGCGGAGCACCAGGUCAAAAGCAGCACGCCGAAAAAGCCUUCUCUUUCUUUAGGCCGACUGGUGCAGUCAUUUAAAAAGAUUGAGCAGCUGGAGCAGAGGAUGAUGUCCCUGGAGGAACAGAAAGAGAGGCUGAGAGAAGAAAAAGAGCAGUUACUUGAGGCCAACGAAGACUUGGCCCACAACUGCCGCAGACUCCAAGCCUCCAUGGAUCAUCAGCAAAGGCAGGAAGCUGUUCGAGAAGAGGCAGCUCGUGCCGAGGCCCUGGCCAAGGAGGAGCAACAUUGCAGUGAGAUCAUGGCCCUAAAAGCCCAACUGGCCUCAUCUCAAAAAGAGAUUACCAAGCUUCAUCAUCAGUUCCUCAAGCUGAGACAGGAACUGGGAAUUCUCAGAGCAGCCAGGGACUUCUACAGAAAUCAUGCAACACGACCAACAUUGGCAGCUGGGAUUACGAACAACAUCAGCAGCAAGGUCAAAUUCAAGACAAUUAGGCACAGAGGUCUUCUUCGUCACUGCAGCCACCAAACAGCCAACCCCAAUGAAGCUAUCAGCUGGCAAGGUCGGUGCCCCAGCCCCACUAAGGACGAGUGGGAGGACAUGAGUGUAGAAAGUGACAGCGGUGAGGAGUACCAGGAUGAACUCCACAGGGUGCCGUCUGGGACAGAACGUUACAAGCAACACACGAACAGGAAGUCCUACAGGUGUUCACCGAUCUCAAAGUUACAAGCACCGUCGGCAGACUGUAACAGAAAACAACCUGAUGUUCUGGCCCAAGAUGAUAAACAGCGUGAGCCCUGGGAGCUUGGGACAAGAGGAGAAAGAAAGAGGUGGAGGAGGAAGAGGAGGCUGAUGAAGACCCAGCGCUGCUCCUCCUCCACAUCUCUGCAGCAGCGCAACGAGUCUCUACAGCGUCACAUCGACAUCCUGCAAAGUGCUAAGAAAGAUGCUAUGCUCUCAGCCGAAGAGCUGCGAAGGGCCAAUGAGACGAUCGCAGCACAGCUGAACACUCUCACUGAGAAACUCGGCAGCAGCAAGCAGCUUACACAGAAGCUGACCUCUGACCUUGCUGGUGUGGAGCAGCAGAAAAAAGUUUUGGAGAUGGAGCUAGAGCAGUGGAAGCGGAUUACCUUCCCCCCGCAAACGGCACCAGUGAACACAGAGUGUUCCUGCCAGGGCCGAGCCACACCUGCACCAGCUAACCUAGAGGGUGAGGUCAAACAACUUCAAGCCAAACUUAAGAGUGCAAGUGCCGAGGUCACAAGGCAGAUGACUGCUAACAAAGCCCUGCGGGGCCAGCUCCAAGAGAAGGACGACAAGCUCAGCCAGCUGCAGGACAAGGUGGGCCACACUGAACGGGAUGUUAACAUGAAAAGACAGCUGGUGGGAGACUUGAAGACAAGACUCAAGUUCCUGCAGGAAAUGGAGAAAAGUUACCGGGGGCAGGUAGAGGACCUAGAGAAGAAGGUGAAGUCUUUAUCAGAGGAGGCUACCAACAGGAAGGCCCUCAUUGAAUCUCUGAAGAGAAGGUUAAAUGUUGCAACAUCGGAAAAAAACCAGCACGAGAGCUCGUGCACAAAACUGAAAGAAGACCUUGAGAAAAAGGAGCAGCGCAUACAUGCCCUACAGGCUCGAGUGGGAUCCAGUGAGCAGGCUUUGGCUGCCCUGGAAGAGACUGCCACUGAACAAAUGGAGGGGUUAACCCAGCAGAGCUCCCAUGCCUUGGAAAAUCUUAAGAGGCAACUUGGACUGGCCUACUCCCAGUUGGAACAGCUUAAUACUUUUAUCAAGACCCUGGCCAGUGAAAUCCUUUUAGACGUUCAAGAGGUCAAGCAGCAGUUGAUGAACAGGAGGAGGUUGAGGCAGGCCAGCGCUGUGGCAGCAAAAAGCAGCCUCUCAGCCAAGUCUAUGAUCAAAGCCAAGUCGAUUGCUGCCUCCAUUCUCAAUAUGUCAGAAAAUGAUCUUGAAGACAUAAUGACGGAUCAGACAACAUGUGCCUCCGUUGGAAGUACAAGAGACCAGGAGUGGCUCGAACACCUGAACCUCAUCCUCAAGCAGAAGAUUCCCUCUGCUGGCCAACUAAUGGAGGCUGUGCGCGUGAAGAUGAAGGAGAGGAAAGUGCUGACAGAAGAGCUGGCCGCGCUCACAACACCAGUCAGCGAAAAAACCUGACUCCCUGGGCUGAGGCUGGGAAAACUGUCAUCCUCUCUCUCUCUCCCCCCCCUUUCCCCUCUUCUUUCCCCACCUAGUUCCUACUCAGUGGGAGCUGGGCUGAGCCAAGCUGAGCCGGGGCAGCAGAACCAAUAUUUGUGAGAAAAGCGCUGUCGACUCACUCUGGGCCACUGGCCUCAACACAGCACCCCAGCUUUUGUAAAUGAGCCCUCGACAUCUGUGUUAGUGCUCACUCCACUAUGUCUAUCAGACGGGGCCCUUUAGUGCCAAACUAAUUUACAGUGCAGCCUUCUCCGCCGUUCUCAAUGCAGAGCCAGGAUGUUGAGGCGAAAGCUUACACUAAAGCUUAAGUUACAUUUUUUUCUACUUUUUUUACUUUCUUUUACUACCUGUAAUUUUUUUUUUUUUUUAAACCUUUAAGAGUCAGUGGGUCCGGGGACUUGAAUUAUCAGGUCAAGUCGAUACUCGGAGUGUGUAAAAUAGAUCACAGGAAAAUAUUUAAAGACAUUAGAUCCACUUAGCAAACCGCAGAGUUCUUGUAUAUCUUUUAAAGCCUGCUUUGAUUCAUUCAUCAAAUGCUCUGUGAGGAUGUAUUUUUAACAGAUUUGUUUAUGGAUGCAUCUAUUUUUCAUGGUUUCUCCAGAUAAUUUAUCGGUUAAUUAUGUUAAAUAUCAGUGAAUACUUUGCU